AUGGAGGAAAUCUUUCGGUCUUUGACAGCGGAGAAAAUCCAGGAGCUGCUAGUAAUUUGCGGAAUCAGUAACUGCAGUGAUGAGCCUAUCAAGCAACACAUACUUGGCAUUUCUGACUUCAUCCGCCAAACAAGGCAGCAGGUAGGAAUAACAGAUUUACCACCUCUUCCUACUCCUAAAGCUAGUCCGGAUCCUGAAGCAAAGCGCGGCUCUUAUCGGUUCCUCCCCACACCUGAAAAACGAAGUAAAGCGGACUACACGGGGCUAGACGCACCGUCUCAUAAGAAGAAAAAGACGAACAAAGUCAAAGCGAAAGACAAGACUACUCUCAAAGAAAUGUCGCAAGGGAUGAAUGAUGCCGUACCACCUCUAAAAGGAGGCAUACCAACCGAUUCUCCAUUAACGGAUGAAGCAAACACAGCGAUGAACUCACCCCGGGCUGAGACACCCUUGACCGACUUAUGCACCCAUCAAGGUGGAAAAGCGCCGCACAGUAUCGUCGAGAACAUACUUGUCAACUGUAUCAAGCUUAAUGAUCCACUUGGAAGAUACGGACACCGUUCAAAGCAGGCAAUUAUGACAACGAAGGUUGAGGCGAUUCAGAGUUUGGUGGAUGACAUUGUCAAGCUGCAAUACCCAGAUGCAGUCCAGCUAAUCAAGCAGGAGAAUGCAUUCUCGGCAAGCAAAAGUAUCCAAUCUCGAUUUAACGAGACCGUGUAUUGGGAAAUCAUCAAAAAAGGCGCCGAACUCCUUGACCCAAAGGAUUUGCCAACCUCUAAAGGCCCUCUUGAUGAAUUCACGAUGGCCGAGAAGGUCGCUACCGAGCGCUUCAUGAGGGAAGCGGGUUAUGGACUUAGCCUCGCUAAUCAACGGCAGUGCCGUCUUUUUUGGAAACGACUGUUCGAGAUGCGAAACGCGGGUGUUGACAAAAUUCUCUUGUAUCGCACAAAGGAUUUCGACCGCUUCUGCAAAAGCUACUCAUCGGAAGCUGGGGCUUCUUUGGUAAAGAUGAUCCGGGACUGGGAAGAAAGAUAUGCCUUCCAUAUCAAACAGUUGGAAGAGCGUGUGGCCGAGGAGAGCAAGGGUGAUUUCACAGGAAGACUAUGGCUGAGCCAGCCGCUUGUAGCGGACAGACUUAGUGUCUCUGAAAAUGCGUGGAACAGCGCUAUUAACCUAUGGUCCUCCAGCGUAGAGGAAACCGUCUUCCAAUUGAGUGGAUCGCACGAGCCAUCCGCUGUUGCACUCGGUGGGUUCUUUGACUUGCAGCCAAAGGCAGAAACAAUGCGGAACAAAUCUAUUUUCGUUACUCUUCAACUCAAAGAUGAUGUCUUUCUCACAGCUUGCCCCAUCAUUUCAGUCCAGGAAGGAGAUACACUUGGGAGGUUUGCUGGAGAGAUUCGGUACUCUUCAGAUUAUAGCGCCGUCUACGGUAUACCUGGUCCCCAAGAAAAUCUUUGGCUGGAUUACAGCAUGGUGACGGGGUUACUUAACCUUAUGAAGGUAUCAGCUCCUGGAGGUGACUCUAAUGUUCGUCUUCAGUGGGAGCUCAUCAAUGGACGGAGUGAAUGA